ACACGAUCGCUUAAAGAAGGCAGGAGCCGCGGGGCACUGUGGGAUACAGAGGUGCCGAAGCGGCCCGCAAGGCAUUGUGGGACACCGGGGGGGCUGUUAGCCACUCUCGGCCUCCAGCUUCGACUGCAGGGCCGCCUCGUUUCAAGAAACUUGAAAACCCUCUCGGAGCGUCGUCGGGUGUCCCAUGACGUAACUGUAAACAUCCUCCGGUGUCUUGCAGGCUAAUCGGAACAGCUCGAAAAGAACAGUGACGAACUUCCGGGUUGCCUUUGCUUUACGACUCGUGCGUUCUGCCGCCGAACCGGAAGGAAGCUGGGGAGCAGUUUACGACAGCGCCGGUUGUGUUUACGGCGCCGGCCGCUGCGCGCGCGUUUUUCCUGUUUUCCCACGUCAUCGGUCCACAGGCGGUGGUGCGGUCUCCGGCUUGGACAAUCUCUCGCCAUCCGGCCCGGUUCAGGCCGUUGCAGGUUUUAGAAGAUGGCAAAGUUCAUGACACCCGUGAUCCAGGACAACCCCUCAGGCUGGGGUCCCUGUGCGGUUCCCGAGCAGUUUCGGGAUAUGCCCUACCAGCCAUUCAGCAAAGGAGAUCGGCUAGGAAAGGUUGCAGACUGGACGGGGGCCACGUACCAAGAUAAGAGGUACACAAAUAAGUACUCCUCUCAGUUUGGAGGUGGGAGUCAGUAUGCUUACUUCCAUGAGGAGGAUGAAACUAGUUUCCAGCUGGUGGAUACCGCACGCACACAGAAGACUGCCUACCAGCGGAAUCGGAUGCGAUUUGCACAGCGGAACCUCCGCAGAGACAAGGAUCGACGGAACAUGUUGCAGUUCAACCUGCAGACCCUGCCUAAGAGCGCCAAGCAGAAGGAGAGAGAACGCAUACGACUGCAGAAAAAAUUCCAGAAACAAUUUGGAGUGAGGCAGAAAUGGGACCAAAAAUCACAGAAGCCCCGAGACUCCUCGGUGGAAGUCCGCAGUGACUGGGAGGUGAAGGAGGAGAUGGACUUUCCUCAGUUAAUGAAGAUGCGCUACUUGGAAGUGUCAGAGCCCCAGGACAUCGAGUGCUGCGGGGCCCUGGAAUACUACGACAAAGCCUUCGACCGCAUCACCACAAGGAGCGAGAAGCCGCUGCGGAGCAUCAAGCGCAUCUUCCACACUGUCACCACCACGGACGACCCUGUCAUCCGGAAGCUGGCAAAAACUCAGGGGAACGUGUUUGCCACCGAUGCCAUUCUGGCCACGCUGAUGAGCUGCACCCGCUCCGUGUAUUCCUGGGACAUCGUCGUCCAGAGAGUCGGGUCCAAGCUCUUCUUUGACAAGAGGGACAACUCUGACUUUGACCUCCUGACGGUGAGUGAGACAGCCAACGAGCCCCCGCAAGAUGAAGGCAACUCCUUCAACUCACCCCGCAACCUGGCCAUGGAAGCAACCUACAUCAACCACAACUUCUCCCAGCAGUGCUUGAGGAUGGGGAAGGAAAGAUACAACUUCCCCAACCCAAACCCGUUUGUGGAGGAUGACAUGGAUAAGAAUGAGAUUGCCUCUGUGGCCUACCGUUACCGCAGGUGGAAGCUCGGAGACGACAUUGACCUCAUCGUCCGCUGUGAGCACGACGGCGUCAUGACUGGCGCCAACGGGGAGGUGUCGUUCAUCAACAUCAAGACCCUCAACGAGUGGGACUCCAGGCACUGUAAUGGCGUUGACUGGCGUCAGAAGCUGGAUUCUCAGCGAGGGGCCGUCAUUGCCACCGAGCUGAAGAACAACAGCUACAAGUUGGCCCGCUGGACCUGCUGUGCUUUGCUGGCCGGAUCCGAGUACCUCAAGCUUGGUUACGUGUCCCGGUACCACGUGAAAGACUCGUCACGCCACGUCAUCCUGGGCACCCAGCAGUUCAAGCCCAAUGAGUUCGCCAGCCAGAUCAACCUGAGCGUGGAGAACGCCUGGGGCAUCCUGCGCUGUGUCGUCGACAUCUGCAUGAGGCUGGAGGAGGGCAAGUACCUCAUCCUCAAGGACCCCAACAAGCAGGUCAUCCGCGUCUACAGCCUGCCCGACGGCACCUUCAGCUCGGAUGAGGACGACGAGGAGGAGGAGGAGGAAGAGGAGGAAGAAGAAGAGGAAGAAACCUAAACCAGACAGUGAUGUGGGGCUGGAUUCUGUGAUUCUGCCGAGCCUAGGAGGGCCUUGGAUACCUGGUGGAAUGUUUGUCUGAUUGUUGCGCUCUGCAGCUUGACUGCUGGAGUAAAGUAUAAGUCUGUCUAGUCUCUUACCUUCA